AUGUCGUCCAUAAACUACGCUAAAGCAUAUGGCAUUGAAUCCUUGGCCGGCGCGAUCAUCUUCACCAUCAUCUACGCCCCAUUGCUAGCAUUCUAUAUCUUCCAGGGCAUCCGCAGACGGACGCGUGUGUACGUCGUCCUAUGCCUCUUCUGUCUCAUGCGUGUGGUCUCGUUUGCUCUGCGUUCCGCGUUAGCAGGAUCGACGGCAGCUGCGACCAACGAAAAUGUUCUCAUCGCCUACGAGGUCCUCUACAACAUAGGUUUCUUCGGUGUUCUUUAUUCAGCCUAUACCCUUGUCCUUGAAAGAGAAUCUCUCAUCGACAUGGACACCUUCCUAGUAUACUGCCCAGGGCCCCUCCAGCUCAUCUUCCGCCUCACUCGCAGACGGUCGCUCAUCCGCAUCGUGCUGAUGGCCGCCGUCGCCAUCGGCAUUGCCGGUGUUGUAUGUCCCGCGUUCCCCUAUGCUCCCUACGUCAUGUCCCUAACACAGUCGCCCGCUUCAGGUGGACAUCACGAAUGCCAAAACACAGGCAGACUUGAACCAGGCACCACGCUCCGCAGCGCCAGCGUGUACAUCUUCCUCGCCGUUACCUGCCUGCUUGUCGUGCAGGCCCUCGCGUUCAGCUUCGCGACAAUGCGCACGCUCGCGAAGAAGCCGCGCGGCGGCGGCGAGCAGCAGUACACCGGCAUGAGCACCUAUCGCGCGUCCCUCGGUGAGACAUACGGCAUCUUCAUUCUCCUCGUGAUCUCCGCGCUCCUCCUCGCACGGGAGGCGUUCUACGCGGCGACGACGCACAACACGGCUCAGCAAUCGAACGAACACCUGUGGUACCCCCUGUCUGCGCUGACGGAGCUCGUCGCGGUCGUGCUCUUCGCGGUCCCUGGCCUCAUCCCCGCGCAUGACGAGCUGCCGCAGGAGGAGCGUGAGCUGAACCUCCUGGCGUGA